GUAGAGGGAGGAAGUGAAGCUCUUCCUGGAGGCGGAUUUUGGAAUUGACAGUAGUUGUAGCAGCCAGAAGAGAAGCAAAGAAUAAGCAACCUGUACCUGGCUGGCAGAUAAGCAACUAAGGUUCUGAUUCAGAGCCGAAAUGGAACUCGCACACAGCCUGCUACUGAAAGAAGAUGCCUUGGCACAGAUCACGGAGGCCAAGAAGCCUGUCUUUAUUUUUGAAUGGCUACGGUUCCUGGACAAGGUUCUUAUUGCUGCAAACAAGACAGACAUCAAAGAGAACCAAAAGAAACUAGUGGAACAGCUCACUGGACUCAUAAGCAGUUCACCUGGCCCUCCAACCCGCAAACUGCUCGCUAAGAACCUUGCCACACUCUACAGCAUCGGAGACACCUUCACCGUCUUUCAAACGUUGGACAAAUGUAAUGAAAUGAUUAAAAGCAAAGAUGAUACAGCGGCCUACCUGCCAACUAAAUUGGCUGCUGUUGCUUGCGUCGGGGCGUUUUAUGAGAAGAUGGGUCGGAUGCUAGGAAGCUCCUUUCCUGAUACAAUAAAUAAUCUUUUAAAAUCACUUAAAAGUGCUGAGUCGCAGGGUCGCAGUGAAAUCCUUAUUAGCUUGCAGAAAGUCCUUAGCGGUCUCGGUGGGGCUGCAGCUUCAAGUCACAGAGACAUCUACAAGAAUGCACGGUCUCUUUUGACAGACAGGUCCAUGGCUGUGCGGUGUGCUGUAGCUAAGUGCUUUCUGGAGCUUCAAAGUGAGGCUGUGUUUAUGUGGACAGCAGAGCUGGAAAACGUGGCAACGCUUUGCUUCAAAGCAUUAGAAGGCUCAAACUACGGAGUCAGAGUGGCAGUUUCCAAACUCCUGGGCACUGUCAUGGCCACAGCCUUAAUGCCAAAGCAAGCAACAGUUAUGCGCCAGAACAUCAAAAAAGCCACUUUAGAGGAGGUUUUAGAGCUUAUGGCUACAGGAUUUUUGCGAGGAGGCUCUGGAUUUCUCAAGAGCGGAGGAGAAAUGUUAAAAGGUGGCGGAUCGAUUAGUCGGGAGGUUAGAGUUGGUGUUACACAGGCGUACGUGGUUUUUGUCACAGCUCUGGGAGGGCAGUGGUUAGAGCGCAAUUUUGCCACUUUUCUGUCCCAUGUACUCGACCUUGUUUCACACCCUCGUGCCACCCAGACACACGUGGAAGCUGUGUACUCCCGGAGAUGCGUGUCGUUUAUUCUCCGAGCCACCGUCGGAAGUUUGUUGGGAGAGAAAGCCCAAAAUGCAGCAGCUAAAGAGAUCUGCCAGGCAAUCGGCAAACAGAUGAAAUCUGUGGAAGCUGUGGUGAAUGAUACCAACAAUGAAAAUAAGGCCGGUACAGCUGACGUAUCGGCAAGUCAGCACGUCAUGGUGUGUGCUUUGCAGGAGCUAGGGAGCCUGGUGCAAAGUCUGAGCUCCACUGCAUCUCCUCUUAUUCAGGAACCCUCUAUAGGACUUCUGGACACGGUAACCUCUGUUCUACUUCACCCCAGCAUGGCAGCCAGGCUUGCGGCCGCAUGGUGUUUGCGUUGUGUCGCAGUGGCUCUACCCUUUCAGCUUACCCCACUUCUAGACAGAUGCACAGAAAGGCUUAAUAACCUGAAAAACUCCCCCGAAGCUGUUAGCGGUUACAGCUUUGCAGUGGCUGCUCUUCUUGGAGGUGUACACCAGUGCCCUUUGGGUAUUCCCCACUCCAAAGGAAAGAUGGUUGUCAGUAUAGCAGAGGACCUAUUACGCACGGCCUCGCAAAACAGCAGACUGUCCCUGCAGCGCACUCAGGCUGGUUGGCUUUUGCUUGGGGCUCUAAUGACAUUAGGGCCCUCUGUAGUGCGCUACCAUCUCCCCAAGAUGCUUCUCCUAUGGAGAAAUGUUUUUCCUCGAUCGCUAAAAGAGCUGGAGGCUGAGAAAGCAAGAGGAGACUCCUUUACCUGGCAGGUGACCCUUGAAGGCCGUGCUGGAGCAUUGUGUGCUAUGCGGAGUUUCGUUGCUCACUGCACCGAACUGCUUACAGAAGAUGUGAUCAGAAAGUUGAUGACCCCAAUUGAGUGUGCAAUGACUAUGAUGUCGCACAUUCUAUCUGUAAUAAAAGCACAUGGAGCACAUCUUAAAGCAAGUGCAGCUAUGGUCCGUCUAAGGCUCUAUGAUAUUUUGGCUUUGUUACCUCCCAAGACAUAUGAAGGGAACUUCAACGUACUUCUCCGUGAAUUGGUGGCAGAAUUCACUUUAACAGACAACUCCUCCAAUACCACCACAUCACUGCUCCGCUCCUUGUGCCACUAUGAUGACAGUGUGCUGCUUGGCUCCUGGCUACAAGAGACUGACCACAAAUCCAUUGAAGAUCAGCUCCAGCCCAACAGUGCUUCUGGCAGCGGUGCGCUGGAGCACGACCCGUCAUCCAUUUACUUGCGCAUCCCUGCCGGUGAAGCUGUGCCUGGCCCACUACCAUUAGGGGUGUCUGUAAUUGAUGCUUCUGUGGCCCUUUUCGGAGUGGUGUUCCCUCAUGUGUCUUUCAAGCACAGACUACAAAUGCUGGACCACUUUGCUGAAUGUGUGAAACAGGCCAAAGGAGUCCGCCAGCAGUCUGUACAGCUGAAUAUAUUCACUGCUGUGCUUAGCGCACUAAAGGGUCUUGCAGAAAACAAAAGCUCUCUGGGUCCUGAGGAAGUACGUAAGUCAGCCCUUACGCUGGUGAUGGGUGCCCUCGACAAUCCCAACCCUAUUCUUAGAUGUGCUGCUGGGGAGGCCUUAGGAAGAAUGGCGCAAGUUGUUGGAGAAGCAACAUUUAUUGCCAGGAUGGCACAACACAGCUUUGACAAGUUGAAGUCUGCCCGUGACGUAGUGUCAAGAACAGGAAAUUCUCUGGCUCUGGGCUGCCUCCAUCGUUACGUUGGAGGGAUUGGGUCAGGCCAGCACCUAAAGACAAGUGUCAGCAUCCUGUUGGCUUUGGCCCAGGAUGGAACCUCACCAGAAGUUCAGACCUGGUCUCUCCACUCGCUUGCACUAAUAGUGGAUUCAAGCGGUCCCAUGUAUCGUGGCUAUGUUGAGCCAACUCUCUCUUUGGUUCUCUCUCUUCUGCUGACUGUUCCUCCAUCACACACAGAAGUGCAUCAGUGCCUGGGCCGAUGCUUGGGUGCUAUUAUAACUACAGUAGGGCCAGAACUGCAGGGUAACGGGGCUACUAUUUCUACAAUACGUUCUUCGUGUCUGGUGGGCUGUGCCAUCAUGCAGGAUCACACCGACUCCCUGGUCCAGGCGGCUGCCAUCUCCUGCCUCCAGCAAUUACACAUGUUUGCACCUCGCCAUGUCAAUCUGUCCAGCCUGGUCCCCUGUCUCUGUGUUCACCUGGGCAGUUCCCACUUGUUACUGAGACGGGCUGCUGUUGCUUGUCUAAGACAGCUGGCUCAAAGGGAAGCCGCAGAGGUCUGUGAAUAUGCUAUGAACCUAGCGAAGAAUGCCAGAGACAAGGAAAGCAGUGGUAUCAAUAUAAAUAUAACCGACACAGGUCUGGAAGGAGUCCUAUUUGGUAUGCUUGACCGGGAGACAGACAGCAAAUUGUGCUCUGACAUUCAUGACACCCUGGGACACAUGCUAUCCUCCUUGGCUGUGAACAAGUUAUCUCAUUGGCUACUCUUAUGCAAAGAUGUCUUGGCAGCCUCUAGUGAUCUGAGCACUACAGGACUGCUGGCUGGAGCAAAGGAUGAGGAUUCUGAGAAGAAGGAUGAAAUGGAUGAUGAUACAAUGUUUACCACUCUUGGGGAGGAUGAUAAAUCCAAACCGUUUGUUGCCCCACGCUGGGCCACUCGUGUGUUUGCAGCUGAUUGCCUAUGUCGGAUAAUCAUGCUAUGUGAGAAUGCAGACAAACCUCACUUUGAUCUGGCUGCUGCCCGCUCGGCAAGGAUGAAAAAUCCUAAAGAUGACUUUUUGGUUAUUCAUCUCUCGGACCUUAUUCGUAUGGCUUUCAUGGCCGCCACUGAUCACAGUAACCAGCUGCGUAUGGCUGGCCUCCAAGCCUUAGAAGACAUCAUAAAGAAGUUUGCUUCUGUUCCUGAGCCUGAGUUUCCAGGACAUGUGAUUCUAGAGCAGUAUCAGGCCAAUGUUGGAGCUGCAUUAAGACCAGCUUUUUCACAGGACACACCGUCGGACAUCACUGCAAAAGCCUGCCAGGUGUGCAGCGCUUGGAUAGGCAGUAGGGUUGUGAGUGAUUUGAAUGACCUGCGUCGUGUGCACCACCUGCUGGUCUCUUCUCUGGAUAAAGUGCAGACAGGAAAAGGAGCACCCAACCCGCUUUACCGAGAGAGCGCCAUGACUAUGGAAAAACUGGCUGUAUUAAAAGCUUGGGCGGAGGUGUAUGUUGUUGCCAUGAACAUUAAAAAAGAAGCAGAGGGCAAGCCCAGUAAACCAGUAAAAACGAAUGAUGAAGAAGAUGGGUUUUACAACACCACCGACGAGCUGCCUCCUGACAGUCUGAUAUCUCUGGUCGAGCCAGAGCUUCCAACACUUAGCCGUCUGUGGCUGGCAGCUUUGAAAGAUUACGCCCUUCUCACGCUUCCACCUGAAUUUGCUAGUCAGCUUCCUCCAGAUGGUGGGGCUUUUUAUACUCCGGAGACGAUUGACACAGCCAGGCUGCAUUACCGGAACUCUUGGGCUGCUAUUCUUCAUGCUGUGGCACUCUGGCUCAAUUGUACGGGAUUCAACUAUUCAGACACAAGUGAGGAAGCAACAGUGUCCGCGUCUCAGAAACGAAACACCGCAGUUCCACUUAACCAGCCAGUAGGAACACCACUUGGUACAAAGUCUUUGAUGGAAGUGAACAAGGACAGAAUGCACUUGAUUUUAGGCGUCAGCAUCCAGUUUUUCUGUGCACCCCGGCCCGAAGAGCCCAUUGACCAUGUCACCGCAUGUCUUCAGGCUCUGCGCAUACUACUGGAUUCGCCUUUUGCCAGAAGGCAUAUUGCUGAAGACCAGAUAAUUGGAGUGGAGCUUCUGAAUGUCCUUCACCGUUUGCUCCUUACUUGGGAUCCUCCUUCAGUGCAGCUUCUGGUGACUACAGUAGUCCAGGAGAUUGUAAGAGCAGCCCAGGACAACUUGCAGGAGCAAAGAAAUGCACAAAGUAAAGAUGACAGUACCGAAAAAGAAACACAGACGCAUGUAGGAGAAGGUGAGGAAAGUGGAGGACUUGUACCCGGAAAAUCUCUGGUCUUUGCUGCCAUGGAGUUGCUGAUGUUCAUUUUAGUGAGGCACAUGCCUCAGCUCAGCUCCAAGAUGUCCGACUCUCCAAGCCACAUCACCAAACUACAGCAACUGUCGGAAGAGAGUUCACGCAUUGUGGCAGCUACCGUGACAAUACUAUCUGAGCUACCAUUACUGUGCUCACCUGCAGGGUGUAUGACAAUAUUGCCUACCAUCCUUUAUUUAAUCACAAAAGUUUUGAAAGAGACCUCAAUAAAGUCUUCAGAUAAUCAAGUACCCCUGCCUGUCAGUGCUUCUCUACAAGGUAUGAAGGCGAUUAUGACAUCUCCGCUGGCCAAAACAGAAAAGACGCAGAAGAAAUGGACUGAUCUGAUUCGUAGCACCCUAGCCUCCGUUUUGGAAUGUUCUCAGCCAGGUGACUCUAAGUAUACAGUGGAUGAAGUGAACAUAUUGACAGCAAUUGUACUUUUCCUGUGGUCGGCAAGCGCAGAAAUAAUUGGGGUAGUGUCACUGCAAACCGGCUGUAUGAACAGAUUUAAAAUGGCACUGCAGUCCAGUGAUCCCUGGGUUCAAGCCAAAUGUUAUCAGCUCCUGCUGUCUGUUUUCCAACACCCCAAUAGAGCCCUCUCCACUCCGUACAUUCAUGCGUUGGCCCCCAUGGUGGUUGAAAAUCUUAAGGCUGUUGAAAGAAAAAGACCAACUCAGCAAACUGAGCUUCUUGCUGUCCAAGAAGGCAUCAAAGUACUAGAAACCCUGGUUGCAUUAGGUGAAGAAAAAAAUAGAGUGCAGCUGCUUGCUCUUCUUGUUCCAACUCUAAUUUCCUACUUGCUUGAUGCAAAUGCCUAUAGUUCAGCAUCACCGGUAUCAAAGAACCUGCACGAGUUUGCAUUGCAGGACCUAAUGCUCAUUGGACCUCUUUACCCGCAUGCUUUUAAGACGGUGAUGGGUGCUGCUCCAGAGCUGAAGGCACGCCUGGAAUCUGCCAUCCGAGAAAGCCAGGCGAGCAAAGCAAAAGCUGCCUCCAGGCAGCCUGCUCCAACCGUCCAAAGUGCACCUACCAUCAAACUGAAAACCAACUUCUUCUGAAGGAGCUUAUCAGCUGCCUGUCAAUCAAAUGCUCACUUCUUUUUAUUGGGACUUAGAAAACACACCUGAGUACCAUUGUGAUAUGUUUUGUGUGGCAUCAUUAACCAAUUCAGCACCGAGAAUAUUAAAUUCCCUUCAAGACUAAA